AUGCGCUUCUCACUACAGCUCUUGGUCGCCGCCUUUGCCGCCCUCCUCUGCGCCGUCUCCUCUACCGAGGCCAAGCUUUCGCGUGGUCUCGCCUGGGGUGUCAACGACAACUACGGCCCUCGUAUCGCAAAAGGUCUUGUCAAGUGGUAUUGGCACUGGCAGGAUGGUCCCAACCCCAAAUUCGAGGGUAAGCUCCACUGGGUUCCUUGCUUCUGGGGUCCCAAGUACUACUCGCAAUGGAACCAGCGUAAGCAGGAGAUGAAGGGCAACCUCCCCAAGCACAUCCUCAGCUUCAACGAGCCCGAAAUCGCCGGUCAGUCCAAUCUCGACCCCAAGUACGCCGCCAAGCUUCACAUGAAGGAGCUUCAACCUUACGCUCGCAAGGGUGUCAAGAUCAGCUCCCCGCAGAUGGUCUACAAGACCGAAUGGCUUCAGGAAUUCAUGAACGAGUGCAACAAGCUCGGAUGCACGAUCGACUUCAUCGCUAUCCACUGGUACGGCACCACCCGCGACAUGGCAAAGUUAAAGAAAUGGAUCAAGACCAUCCACAAGCGCUUUAACAAGCCCAUCUGGGUCACCGAGUACGGUAUCACGGCCGCUUCCGGUUCCAACAUGAACGCUAUCAAGAAGUUUCACAUGGAUGCUACCGCAUGGAUGACUUCGGUCAAGUACGUUGAGCGUGCUGCUUGGCUUGGAUGCUUCGAGAUCGACAACCCUCCUGACUCGUACGCCAACCACAAGAACGCUUUCCUCAACGCCAACGGUUCUCUUCGUGACAUUGCCUAUUGGUACCUCUACUCGCACAGGCCUGUCAAGCGAUCCACUCACUCCAACCGUGCCUUGCCCACUUUGCACCUUGCUCGCCGCGCUGUCACCCACAAGGACGAGGAGGGCAACGUCAUUGUCGAUGACGAGGAUGUCUUUGAGGAGCCUACCAACAUUGUCGAGUGCGACGAGUACUGCCAAGCACGCGACAAGGCUAUCGCCGAAUACGAGGCCCAGAAUGGAGCCAUCUCUGAUGAAGACGAGCUGGAUGACGAAAACGAGGCCGAAGAUGAGGAAUAA